AUGGCAGCGGCUAAAAGCAGUGCAGCGAGUGGAGUAGUUCAUGAACCAUUGACAAAAGAGAAUUACCACAACUGGAGUGCUCUUGUGAGAAAUUAUCUGCUGGGAGCAGGUCUUUGGAGCGUUGUGAACUUAUGUCCUGAAAAUGGUGGGAAAAUCAAAAGAGAGAUUUGGAAGAAGAAAGACGCAAAGGCUUUGCAUAUCAUUCAAUUAGCAUGCGGAUCAGAGGUUCUUUCUCAUAUCAGGGACGUUCAUACGGCCAAAGAAGCUUGGAAUACUUUGAGUGUCUUGUACGGUUCCAAAUUAAAGGCUGAUCUUAUUGACGUUGAGAACGCUUACGCCGAUCGUUUUGUUGUCUACACGGCAGGUGAGGGUGGUUGUACCCUUCACAAGUAUGUGGAGUACGAUAUGUGGCACGAAGCAAAAUCACUCCUGAAUAGGAAUAAGAACACAAUGUUAAUAUUUUCCACCUCAGCUUCAGAGAGGACCGCUCUGCACGUUGCGGUGAUUGCAGGGCAUGAACGCAUUGUGAAUAAUUUGGUGAACAGAGGGAAAAAGAAAUUAGCAGAAAUGCGAGACAAGGACGGUUACACAGCUCUUGCUCUCGCUGCAGAAUUAACCAGAAACACAGAGAUAGCAAGGAUAAUGGUAGAAAUGAAGGGUGGAGGAGGAGAGAAGCUACUAACGAUGAUGACCCGUAAAGAUGAAAUCCCUGUUCUUCUUGCUGCUUCCAAAGGCCACAAAAAAAUGACUCGCUAUCUUUUCCGAAAAACUCCACUCCAUGCCUUGCUGCCUCUUAACGCCAAUCAAGCGAGGCUAGACGUUGGACCCUUAUAUGCUUUGGCUGACAUGCCUUCUGUAUUUCCAAGUGGCUGCGAAUAUGGACUUGUAAAAAGACUCGUUUACAAAUUUUUAAUAUUGGAAACAAUAGAAGUGGAACCGCAAGACCUUAACGGGAAAACAAUUCGGAUUGUGCUAAGUGCUGCUCAUGACACUUCCUUCUUAGGUCGAAUACUCAUAUGGGUUCAACUGUUAUUUCAGAAUUAUAUACUUCGGCACAUUCCUGGUACGUAA